AUGUUUGCGGGAAGUGGUGCGGCUAUCCAAAGUCCAGCUAGUAUCAUACAGAAUGUCAACCUGGAAAAUGAAUUGGGAACAAUGCAAAAGCCACCCAAACUGAUGAGCUUAGAUGAAUAUUCUGGAUGGUCCGGAAGAUUUAAAAACUGGGUUCAGGCCAAUCAUUUUGAGUGUUGGAUGAAGAUCGAAAAGAAAUACGUACCUCCAAUUGAUGGGCUCAGGAUGGUUAAAACUAUUGGAAGUCUUACAGAUACUGAACAUGCAGAUUUUAAAGCUGAAAAGAAAAUGGUGAGCAUCUUGCAACAAGCCAUUAAAGAAGACAUCCUUGUACUGCUACAACAUGAUAAAAGUUCACAGUCAAUCUGGCAAGCGCUAGAACUGAAGUUUAAAGGAAGUGCUUCUAUGAUCAAGAGCAAAAAGGCACUUAUCAAGAAAGAGUUCGAUAUUUUUACUGGAAUCAAAGGAGAGUCAACGAAACAGUUAAUCGAAAGAUAUUGUCACCUUGAACAGUCUUCGCCUCAAAGCUCUACCGGAUCUAAUCAUCAGGCGUAUGUUUCUGGAGUACAGUGUAAUAUCGCAGUGAACAUCAAAAAUGGAAACGAGAUAACGGAAACUGCUGCGAAGCAACAUAUUGCACUACUCGCUUCCGUUCUCGAGGCAUAUGAAGGUCUAGUUGCGGGGAAAAUUGGAAAUCCGGACAUGACAAAGGAGGACUAUGACCAAAUAGACCCCGAGGAGCUUGAACUGAUUGACAUUAAAUGGGGUAUGGCAAGCCUAGUUCAUCGUGCUCAAAGGUUCAUGGAAAUCACGGGAAGAAAUAGUUUAUCAGGUCCGGAUCAGAAGCUGGGAUUUGAUAAGUCGAAAGUAACAUGUUUCAAGUGUAAAGAACGCGGUCACUUUAAACGUGAAUGCCCAAACCGUGAAGUCAACAAUCACCAAAACCCAUUCACCAAUGAUUACUAUCGACGGGCAAUCUACCAUCGACCGAACCAACAGCAAACUGUUCAAAGGCCACAGUUAGAAAACAAACCUGAAAAGGCGUUGAUUGUGAACCAAGAUGAUGAACAGGUAGCUGCAGGUUUUAGCUGGGAUAAAUAUAUCCCUGGUAAAGAUGAUCAGGCAAUGAUGGCAGAGGUGGUUGAGAUUUCUGAGGUAGUGACUGAACCGGAGGUUGUUGAUGAAGUUGUUUCUGAAGUUGUUGAGGAGAUUCCUACGGAAAAUGUUAUAGAUGUUGAGGAAUUAGCAGCUGAAGCUUACUACUAUCAAUCACAACAGGAGGAGUUAGUUUAUACUAUGAAAUCAGUUAUGCCUCCUAAUUGUUUGAUUCUUUUGCAGGUUAUUUCGAGGAACCAAGAACCGGAUCUUGUCCUAGAUUUGAGGAGAAGAAAGAAGCUGUUGAAGAAGUGA